AUGGUCGAUCCCGAAGUUCGCGACCGCAUCGGCAGCAUUCUUCACCAGGCCACGGCAUUCGCCAACAACAAGGACCACCUCCGCCAUGUGCCUCCUGCGCACGCGUGCGAGGCCUGCCAGCGCCACGGCACGACCUGCGUGAUCCGCUCCGAGGCCCUCAGGUCCGCCAAGGCCUGGGCUCCUACCCAGAGCGGCACGCCUCUGGGGUGUACCGCCUGCGACAACGGCCCGACGGAGUGCAGCCUCGCUGCUCUAGUCGGCAGCCAGCGCGACAAGUUUGAGGACAUACUCGAGCGCAUCACCAUCGCCGAUAACGAGCGCUCUUUGUCCAACGCGCAUGUGCAGUUCGGCUUUGAGGACAGCAAGAAGGAGCCUUCGGUUGGUCUUGGCAACGUGGACAGCGGCGACGCGGAUACCUCAAUCACGAGCUCUGCCUCCGACACCAGUCUCCGCGCAGCUUCAGAUGCCGAUGUCUCGCAUUCCACCCCCAAGUCAGUCGGCGCGCUCAGGCGCUCUGUCUCCCUCCCCACCCGCCGCUCGCAUUCUCCAGUACAGGAAGCCGCAACCAGGGUGAUCCGUCGAGUGAAGAACAUGGCUAGCCGAUCUUUGGCUUCACCCACCGCGUCCACCCCGGCGGCAACCGUUGGCACUUCCCAGCAGCCAUCAACGGCUGCCGCGGGUGCUGAAGAGGCCGCACCACCCGCCUACCCGAUCACUCCUCCGCGUGCGCAGCUGUCGAGCGUCGACUUCUCUGACACCUCGACCGGUUUGCAGUCCCUCAGGAACGAUCUCGACCGCAUCAUCCAGCAGCAUGGAGAAAGCCCAUCCGGGCCUCCCAACAGCCCCUACCGCCUUGCUCCCAUCCCCCCCUUUUCGGGCCGAGCCAACACGACUCGACGCGUGCCGAUUCCGUACAUCCCUUCGGGCCUGGCCCGCCCCACGACGGACGUGGAGUUCCACCAGGCGUUCCCCCCGCGCCCUGUCUGGGAGCAGCCAUCGCGUCGCCAGUCAGAGCAUGUCGGGGUCCUGAUGGAGCGCUACGGCGGCGAGCGCGAUCGCUCUGCGUCCGGUACGCCUAUGCCGAGCGCCCCGGAGCCCAGCUCGCGUCGUCCUCAGCUCCGCAAGGUGGCCUCAGCUUACCAGGUGAGGCGCCAGCACCCGUCGCCCCCCCGGCCAGCGUCCUGGACCGAGGAGGACCACGACCACUAUGUCGCCCGCCGCCGCGAGGCCUCCCUCACUGCCCCGUCGAUGAUCUCCACCGGCCCCACGCUUCGUCGCAAGCCCUCCGCGUGGCUGGCCAACAAGAUCUCCAGCAUCAAGCGAUCGUUCUCGCUACAUCGUGGCCCAAUUGUGAACAUUAUCCCCCCGACUCCGGAGCGCGAGUCAUCGGAGGCCGAGGAGGUGUCUCAGCAGCCUCCGAUGGUUGAACUGCCAACUGUAUUCGCGGACGCAACCGACCCUGACGUCAGCGCCGUUCAGGCGGACACGUCCAUGAUGACCACCGCGACUGCCGGUACGGAGCUGCCCUCGAGCAUUCUGGCCGGGCUCGCGAUCACCGCCGCUGAGGUCAACGCGCUCAACCCCCCCGGCGCUCCCGCGGAGCAGCUUGCCGCCACCACCCCCGAGUCGGACACCCAGUCCAACGGCACCACUGCUGCUGUCCUCACUGAGACCACUGCCACAACAAACUCUGGGCGCCCCAUGACUGUCGGCGCUCUCCGGACAUCUAUCCCCGCCCAGAGGUCGGCCGCCUCGCCGCUUGCGACUCUCCCGCGGCGAGAGCGUUGUGUCAUUCAGCGUCAGAGGCCGACGGACCCCUUCACCGAGGCUCGGCUCUAA